AUCAAGGAAGGAUGAAGAUAAUCGUUUCUCUUAUCAGCAAUCGAGUUCUCGGUACACCCCGAAAUUCACAAAAUUUCCCGUCUGUCACACAAAAACAUCAAAAACGUCAGGAGCUUUAUCGCUCGGAAAAAAAAAAUUUCGUGUUCGAUUAUUGGAUCGUACAAAUUUGUGACACCGGUCGAACCGAGAUUUUUAAUGCGCUUCGAUAA